AUGGCUAGGGGGAAGAUUGUGAUUAGGAGGAUUGAGAAGAUGAGCAACAGGCAAGUCACCUUCUCCAAGCGGCGUCAUGGCCUGCUGAAGAAGGCACGUGAGCUGGCCAUCCUCUGCGAUGUCCAGGUCGGCGUCAUCGUCUUCUCCUCCACCGGUCGCCUCUACGAGUAUGCCAGCUCCACCACCAGCGCCUCCACGGGAAUGCCUUCCAUCAUCCAUAAGUACCAAUCUGCACAGGAGCACCAGCAGCUGCUGAAUCCAGUGUCACAAAUCAUGUUUUGGGAAGGGGAAGUACGGAAAUUACAGCAGGAAAUGCAGAUGCUUCAAGAACAUAAUCGAACUCUAAUGGGGGAGAGAUUAUCAAACUUAGGUGUCAAUGACUUGUGUUUAUUGGAAAAUCAACUGGAGCAGAGCUUACGUUGUAUGAGAGAGAAGAAGGGAUAUAUAUUCCAUCAACAGAAUAUUCAACUCUCCGAGGAAAUAAAGCUUAUCCAUGAACGGAACUUGGAACUAAAGAACAAGGUAACUGAGUGA